AUGGAGCCCAGGCCCGCCGCACCGGGGCCUUGUCCCGGCGACUCCCGCGUCGCGGCGGCGGCGGCGGCGGCCCCGGCUUCUUCGCUGAACCCGGCCGAGGCCCGGGCCGAGCCAGGGCGCCGCGCUCCCAGCGUGGCUGCCGUGUUGCCGGCGGGGGGAAGCGGGGAGAGGAUGGGCGUCCCCACCCCGAAGCAGUUCUGUCCCAUCCUGGAGAGGCCGCUCAUCAGCUACACCCUGCAGGCCUUGGAGAGGGUAUCUUGGAUAAAAGACAUUGUUGUGGCAGUAACUGGAGAGAACAUGGAAGCGAUGAAAGGUAUCAUUCAAAAGUACAAGCAUCAGCGCAUCUCUCUGGUUGAAGCUGGAGUAACCCGCCACAGGUCAAUUUUCAACGGGCUAAGAGCACUGGCAGAGGACCAGCCCAACUCUAAACUCUCUAAGCCAGAAGUUGUGAUAAUCCAUGAUGCUGUGAGACCAUUUGUGGAGGAAGAUGUCCUUCUCAAAGUUGUCACAGCUGCUAAGGAACAUGGGGCAGCAGGAGCAGUUCGACCUCUUGUAUCUACAGUAAUCAGUCCCUCUGCAGAUGGUUGCUUAGACCAUUCACUAGAACGUGCCAGACACAGAGCAAGUGAAAUGCCACAGGCUUUUCUGUUUGGUGUGAUCUAUGAAGCAUAUCAGCAGUGUAGUGACUAUGACUUGGAAUUUGGAACUGAGUGUUUGCAGUUGGCUCUAAAAUAUGGUCACAUUAAUGCCAAACUUGUGGAAGGAUCACCUGACCUCUGGAAGGUGACCUACAAACGAGAUCUGUAUGCAGCUGAAUCGAUUAUUAAGGAAAGAAUUUCACAACACAUUUGCAUAAUUAUGGACACAAAAGAAGAUAAGAAUCAUGUAGGCCAUCAUCUUGAAGAAAUUUUAAAAAAUGAAUUAAAUCAUGUAGAAGUCACGUCUGGGGCUUUGUGUCCUGCGGGCAGAGAUCUUAAGCAAAUCAUCUUAGAGCAAUGCUAUAAUUAUGUUUGUGUGAAUGUUUUGUCCUCUGAUUUUGAGGAAACCCAGAGGUUACUGAACAUGCUUGAAGAGAGUAAUCUUUCCAUUUUAUAUCCUGUUGUUGUUAUUUCAGUUUAUUUUCUUGAUUAUAAAUCAGUACAUUUUGAUCAGAAAAUGGAAAACCUAAUGCAGAUUAGGGAAUAUGCAAAGGAAGUGAGAAAAAGAAAUAUUUUAUUAUGUGGUCUUCUUAUAUAUUAUCCACAGGAUGAGCAGAAGCUACAAGCAAGUUUAAGGGAAGGAGCCGCGAUUAUUACCACUUUAAUCAAAGAAAGAAAUUCUGGACUUGUUGGUCAACUACUGAUAGCAUGAAGAACACAGAGAAAAUUACGUAGUGGGUUUUUAGAAACAUUUACCUAGGCAUCUCUGCCAUUCUUCCCUCCCUACUGCAUAUGGUAAAAUGUUUAAGUUGUCCUUCAUGUCUCACAAUUUGUAGAAUGUGAUGUUUGGGUUAUAGAAAUGAAUCCGUGUUUAUAUCUGUGUGGAAAAAAACACUUUUGUGCAUGUCCAAUAUAAAUUAAUCAGAAAAUAUGCAAAUGGAAAGUAAUAACCUUUACAUAAUCUUCUGCAAAGGCAUGAAAAAUCAAAUAGAAAAUGUGACGGGUGAGCUAAUCCUCCUAGGAAUGAAAAUUUAGAAAACUUCAACUAUGAUCUUAUUUCUGUGUUAACUAGCAAAUCACACUAUCAUAAAACUAGUAAAAAAAAAUUAGAAUUAUUUUUAAUUCUAAAAUUAGAACUUGUUGCAAUAACAAACCAAAUAUGUUUUU